UUCGGCUGCGACGCAACAAAAAAAAAAAAUCGGAAAGCUUUCGGUAAAGAAAGUAACGUUAGCUGGCUAAUACAACGGGCAAGAAUUAGCCACCGAUCAACAAGUAACGGAGGAUGAACCUGGAUCCUGGCUGGCUGCUGCUCCUAUCCAUGUCUCUGGAGGUUUGGUCAGUGCCCCUCGACCGCAAUGCAACCCCCCAGGAAGCACAGCCUCCCCAGGAGGACAAACAGGAAGAUAAUGUGGACACAGGCCUAUACUAUGACCGGUAUCUGAGAGAGGUGAUUGAGGUGCUGGAGACAGAUCCCCACUUCAGAGAGAAACUCCAGACUGCCAACACAGAGGACAUCAAGAAUGGUCGUCUCAGUAAGGAGCUGGACCUUGUGGGGCACCAUGUUAGAACUCGUCUGGAUGAGCUGAAGAGACAGGAGGUGUCUCGCCUCAGGAUGCUGCUCAAAGCCAAACUGGACAGCACCAACACACAGAGUUUACAGAUGGACCAUGCCUCUCUGUUGAAGCAGUUUGAACACCUGGAUCCACACAAUCAGAACACCUUUGAGGCCAAAGACCUUGAGCUGCUCAUCUCAACGGUAAUGCAGUGA